AUGGACGUAGGGAUGAAAGCUGUCCCUAAUAACACCUAUUGUAAAGGUUGUUUGAGUCGUGACAGAAUAUUAAAGAUUAUUACGAACGAUGAAAUCAACCAAACAUAUUGCGCAAUCAUUCACAAAAAACUUCAAACCCCAGGUCCACUGGUACUCUGCUGGGAGUGUGUUGCCAACAUCCAGAGGUACAUUACGUUCAGGCGGCAAGUGUCGGACGCGCACGAUGUCUUGCUCAAAUACAUGGUGUCUCCAGCGGAGAUCAGAAGUUUAUCCAAAUUGACUAUCGUUAGAAAUAAUAUAGAAAUAAGCAUUAAUAAUACUCUUGAAGAAAAUGAAGGAGAAAAAUUUAUAUCUACCCUCAAACAAGAAGAUUCUCUAUCUGGACUCACUCGGACUCCAGAAGAAACAGAAUCAAAUGUGUUAUAUGGACGGUCAGACAGUUAUAAUAUAUAUACAGAAUCUCUGAGGAGUGAUGAAAGAUCAGAUGUAUUAGCACCAACGGACGCUGGACAUACAGACAUACAGUUUUUUAAGAUUGAAGAUGAUGUUGAAGGAUGUUUUGUGGAUGAUGCAUUUCAUCAUCAUGAUGAAAUUGAUGAUAAGAGUUUUGCUGUAGAAAUAGAACCAGGGUACGAUAAGAAAACGAAGGUCAAAUCAAAAAGAAAAAGAAAGAAGAUAGAUGAGAAUGAAUUCAAUGACUCCGAUGAUGAGCCGCUUAAGAAGAAGAAGAAAAAGAUUGGAAAAGAGAGAAAACAUAAGAAGAAAAAAGACAAUGGUUCUAAGACAGAUAUAAAACCGGGUGGUAAACGAGAAAAGCCCGCCGGCAUUGUGUCUAACCCGAGGGUUAAUAAGAAACUGAAGCAACUGAACGUCGGUGAGGGACAGCUAGAGAUGGUGGUCCUCAGUUGGGAGGAGGUGGAGGAAGAGAGACAGAAAGCCCUGUCGAGUGUGGUGUUCACUCGCCACGAGUACAGGUGUCACGACUGUAUCGUGGGGUUCAACCACAGGUUCAAGUUGGAAAACCACAUGAAGAAACAUGACCCUUCGGCGGGGGAGCUGGAGUGCAGCGUGUGUCGCGUGCGGUGCCGGGACGCGCACGCGCUCUGUGCCCACCGGAGGAGACACAGAGUCAGAGUUAAAGUGUGUAUGUGUGUAGAUGGCGCUGCUGCACGUGCGGCUCGACGUGGUCGCGCGCGGCCGUGGCGGCCGACCACGCCGCGCGCGACCACCACGCGCCCCCCCCCCACGCACACCUGCACCGUCUGCGGACACGCCGAACCAACUCUGGGCAAACUUCGGAACCACAUCAAGAACCACGCAGAGAGGCAGAAGUGUGAGUUAUGCGGGAAGACGUUCAGAGACAGGACCUCGCUGCGGACGCACUUAUUUAUACACAAAGGAGAGAAGGAGUACUCGUGUCCUCGCUGCGACAAGCAGUUCCUCUUUAAGAAGGCCAUGGAGGUGCAUCUCGUGACACACGAUGCGCCCGCGCAUCUCUACUGCUAUCAGUGCGACAUGAACUUCAAGAAUCAUAUGUCGUACACUCAACAUUUGAAAUACAGCCUGAAACACAUUGAUCCCGCCAAACUCAAACACGCGUGCGGCGCGUGCGACAAGAGGUUCAGCGCCGCGCGGCGCCUGCGCGAGCACGAGCUGGCGGUGCACCUGAGGCUCGCGCCGCUGCGCUGCACCACCGACCUGUGCCGCUUCACAUGUUCGUCCCGCCCCGUGCUCCGAACCCACAUACGAAUGGUACACCGCAACGCAAGAGCUCAGAGGAACCACGUCUGUGAUGCUUGCGGUAAAACUUAUACAACCAAGAAGACCCUGGAGGGCCACCUGCGCAGCCACACGGGCGAGCGGCCCUUCGCCUGCUCCCUCUGCCCCUCCACCUUCGGGUACGAGGCAGCGCUCUACAACCACAACAAGCUUGUGCAUCUCAAGGCUAAGACGUGUCGGGGAUCCACACACCAACCCCUGGCCCUCCAAGCUCCGGAGCCUGCGCUCAACAUACCUUAA